AUGGGCGACAAUCGCUUCACAUUUGCCGUGCAGCGUUUGCCAGCCGGUCCUUCUUAUGCUGAAUCAUUUCAAGAUCAAACAUCAACUCGUUCAAAUUCUCGUGUUGGUGGUCAAAUAAAACGUAUUGGACCAGAUAUAAUUGAAGAUUUAUUACGUGGAAAAAAGAAUCCUGUACAAUGUCUUAAUGAAUAUUGUUCUAUGACAAAGAAAACUAUUGUAUAUACAGAAACAGGUUCAGGAUAUCGUUAUGCAAAUUAUGCAACUAUUGAUGAUGUACAAUUUCCUCAAGGUACAGGUAGAAGUAAAAAAGAAGCAAAAAUUGCUGGUGCACGACGAGCAUUUGCUGCCUUACUUGAUCUCGAUGAAGAAGCAUUUGAUACAAAAUUUGCCGGAAUGUCUGAUGUUAAAAUUGAUCGACAUGGUCAUAAAAUUGUUGAAAAUGGCUCAAAUAAUCCUGAACAUCUUUAUACACCAGCUAAUGUUGAUGAAUUAACACAUAAAUUAAAUUUACUUGCAACUGAUCAUGAACUUUUAAAAUCUAAAGGUGUUGCAAAUGCAUUACAACGUGUUAAUACUGAACGUGCCUUAUCACGUGCAUCAACUAUAAAUAAUUCAUAUCCUAUUGUUAAUAAUAAUAAUGAAUUACCAAUGACAAUGUAUGGUAGAGAAUCAGUAUUAUCUGGACGACCACCAUCAUCAAUAAAUCAAUAUUUAACAAGUACACCAAUAAGUAGUUUUGGUGGUACAUCGGGUUUAAAUACACAAAUUGAAAAUCCUAUUACAAAUUUACAAGAAUAUUGUAAAGCAAAUAUGUUACCUAUUGAUAUUAAAACAGAAGUAUGUGAACCAGAUCCAAAAAAUCCUGAUCAAAGAAAAUUAUAUCGAUCAUGGGUUAUUUUGGAUAAUGAUGAAACAAAAAUAUCGGAUGUUUAUGCAUAUACAGCAAUUGAUGCAAGACGACGAGCAUCACAACGAGCUUUAGAAGCACUUAUGAAAAAACAACCAUCACAUAUUAUAACAAGUAAACCAAUGGUUGCAUUAACUGAAUAUGAAGAAAUUUCAAAUACAGUAGCAGAUUUUAUAAAACAUAAUCGAGCCAAUGAUCAUUCAGAUAUGUUUGAUACAAUUCAUAAUCGUUUUUAUGCAGCUUUUGUUGUUAAACGAACUCAACGUGAUGUUGGUCGUGUUGUAGCAUUUGGUAUGGGUAGUCGAUGUCCAGAACCGGAAAAUGUUAGUGAAAUGGGUGAAUCAUUACUUGAUUGUCAUGCUUUAGCUCUUGCUCGACGAGCAUUUAUACAGUAUCUCUACGGUGAAUUAAUUAAUUAUGCAAAUGGUAGUGCAAUUCGAUCAAUAUUAGAAACCAGUGAAAAAGAUUCAACUAAAACUCAAUUAAAAAAUCAUGUGUCUAUUCAUUUACUUAUUUCUGGAGCACCUACUGGUGAUGGACGGGAAUUUUUACCGGCUGAUUGUGAUGGACCAAUGGCUCCUUAUGAUCUUGUACAAAUGAGAGCCGCUGGUCAUGCACCAAUAUAUGAACAUCCAGAACAUGGUCAUUUAAGAUAUAAAUUAUCAGUUGGUAUGGAAACGAUUGAUGCUGAUCCUCUUCAACGUUUUGCAAUUAUGUCAUGUAGUGAUAAAAUUCUCAAAUGGAAUGUACUUGGUGUUCAAGGAGCUCUUCUUUCGAAUCUCAUCGAGCCAAUUAAACUUUCUUCAAUUACAUUUUUAAGUGGUUUCAAACAAUCACAUACAUCACGUGCUGUAUGUUGUCGAUUGGAAAAAGCAACAGAUCCUGUACGAGUACAUCAUCCUAUGAUAGGUCGUGUUAAAUAUCCACUUGUUCAACCACAAGAAUUCGAUAGUGAUUAUAGUUAUGUAUGGUCAACGUCAUUUCAAGGUGAAGUAAUUGAUGCACGUUGUGGUCGACCAGUAACAGGUGGUACAAGUCUUCUAUCAAAAGUUGUACUCUUAAGUGAGUAUCGUCAUGUAUGUCAACGUUUAAAAAUUCAAUCUGUCACAUCAGAUACAAGUUAUUAUAAUCUUAAACAAAUAGCAAAAGAAUAUCAACAAAAAAAACGUGCAAUGAUUAGUUAUCUUGAACAAAAAAAAUUUGGUUAUUGGUCAUUUGAAAAAAAACAUCUUGAACAAUUUCGAUGGCAAUCAACAAUACCACCAAUACAACGAAAUAUAACAAUGUGA